CUUUGGUGAGAGGACGUCAAAACAGCAAUGCCAUGAUCACAAGGAUUAAUUUGGAUCCGAAGUGGGAGCGCUGAAUACAACACGAAGGAUCAGACCGCUCACAUAGGUUACAUAUGCUACCAGGAAUGAGUGCAGGAUGAGCAGCACUUUUGUUACAUUAGCUGAAGUACUGGAGGCACGAGGGGGACCUCUGCUGGAGGAGGAGGUCUGGUCCCUGCUGCUCGGCACUGCAGAGUCUUUAGUGGAUGUCUCCUAUAAGGGUCACAACAAUAUGUGUAAUAUCAUAAGCCCCACCUCCUUGCUGCUGUCAGCCACUGGUACCUUAGCAUUUAAGAACUGUGGCCUAUCAGAUGAUGUUUCCACCUUCACUGCUCCAGAAAUGCUGCAGGGCCGUGCCAGCUCAACCAAGCCUGCCAUAGAGAGGAUGCUGGUGUAUUCACUGGGUAUGACUCUCUACUGGUCAGUUGAUUUUCACCUACCUCAAAAUCAGCCAGUCCAGUUGAGUGACCAUCUAAACAGCCUCCUCCUGAGCAUGUGUGAGGACCUGGCCCACCGCAGGGUAAAUCUCAACUCCAUCCUGGAAGCCUGCGAAUCUCAGCAUAAAGCCUCCAUCCUGCCACCGCCCGCCAAAGUCAUCAGACAGCUGGUGGAGGAAGUUUUUCAUGAUUCAAUGGACCACGGCUCUCUGCCUGACAGUAACGUCCCUUUGAGUGGCAGGAGCCAGAUGAUCAGAGAGAGACUUCAUGGAAAGAGAGGGCCAUUUUCAGACUUCAGCGAAGGGAGUGCUGAAGGGAGAAGAUACUCAACGGACUCUGACUCCAAGUCAGGGAGUUUACCUCAGAGACCUUGGAGACAAAGACCAAGGAGCUCUCCCACACCACUGUACCACUCGUCUUUAGACAGACUCCCUCGUGGGGUUCGUCACCGGGACAGCAACUGCAGUUGGCUUGGUAGGAGCCCCCACCACGACAUCUCUCCCAAAACAUCAGGCAGAUCUCACAGUCCCUCCAUCACCUUCAGCGAGUCAUCGCUCAGCCUGAGCCAGAGGAAAGCUAAGGCUUUGGGUCCUGAGUUCAUCCGAAUGCCGGACGAACAGCAUAUCGUCCUGGAGCUUCCAGGAUCUAUUGUGUCCAGAAAGGGCCGCUCGUGUUCGUCUCAGAGAGAAGUGACCGUGGUGCUGCCGAGCGGACAGUACGUGGUCGUCCGCUGUGACAUUAAGUCCAGAGCAAGAGACGUGUUUGACAUGGUGGUGGCUCAUGCAAACUUGGUGGAACACUUCUACUUUGGUCUUGCCUUCUUAGAUGAUGAUGAAUAUUUCUUUUUGGACCAUGAAACAAAAAUCUCCAAAGUUGCACCUGACAGUUGGAAAAAAGGGCAGAUAUCCUCCUUUUUGGUGUUCCUGCGAGUCAAAUUUUUUGUUGAUGAUAUUUCCUUCAUUUUGCACAGACUGACUCGUCACCAGUACUACUUACAGUUCCGUAAAGAUAUCUUGGAGGACAGGCUUUACUGUAACGAGGAGACAGGCUUGUUCCUAGCUGCUCUUGCUCUGCAGGCUGAGUUUGGGGACUACAUGCCAGAGUUGUACGGUAAAAAUUAUUACCAGCCAGAGCAUUAUGUGUCCAAGAGGAUGCUAGAGAAGCUGGCCCUGCCCAGUGUCAAGGAAGAGUUGCCAAGACUACAUGCAAGUCAUGCCCAGAUGCUGCCUGAAGAGGCAGAAACAGAGUACCUGAAGAUUACCCAGCAGUUACCUGAGUAUGGCGUUAUGUUCCACCGCGUGGGGAGAGAGAAAAGGCCGGUGGUGGGAGAGCUGGUGUUGGGAGUCUGCGUCAAAGGAAUCAUCGUGUACGAGAUGAAGAACCACGUUCGGACUGUCACCAGGCGCUUCCUCUGGAGGGAAACCGACUCCAUAUCCACUGGGCGGCGUAAACUGAUAAUAGAGUGUGGCGGGCCCAGUGGGAAAAAGCACAGUUUUGUAACAGAAAGUUCAAAAAUAGCACAGUACCUCCUGAACCUCUGCUCAGCACAGCACAAGUUUCAUAGCGAGAUGACGUCACGACAACUUAACCAUACCAUGAUACCAGAUGAAAACAUCGAUAAGUACAUGUCUAUGUACCGGGGUCGUAACAUGAACCUGAAGCGGAUAUCCUGCUCCGAGGGCAUGUUGAACCAUGUAGGUCUGACACCUGGUCAACCAGACUCCCUCUCCAAGUCCUGCGACGACCUGACUGCCAAGCUGGAGGCCCGACUCCGCCAGCAGAGAGAGAUGAGGAGGGAGAUGAGCAGAGACCUGAACAAGGAGCUCUCUGAAACAGGAGACCUCAGGGACGUGAAGGAUCGACAGUGUUGGAGCACUCCGGAGCCGAUUCCCAGAAUGAUGUCCAGUGUCUCGCUACAGAAGCAGGACUCUGAUGCCUCUUCCUCUGUACGAGUCGAUACACCAACCAGGACCCCACCAGAGAGAGAGAUAGUCUGCGUGAACCUGAAGAAAGACCCCAAACUGGGCUUUGGCUUUGUGAUAGUGGGAGAGGACAAUACAGGUAAACUUGACCUUGGGAUCUUCAUUGCUUCCAUUGUGCCUGAUGGACCUGCGGACAGAGAUGGACGAAUCAAACCCGGCGGACGUCUCAUCUCCCUAAACAAGACUAGUUUGGAGGGAGUGAUAUUCAGCGAUGCUGCUGCCAUCCUACAGAGCAGCCCUGAAGAGGUGGAGCUCAUCGUGUCCCAGCCUAAACAGUCCCUGAAGGACAGUAAGAGUUCCUUGAGUCAAAGUACUCUGGGUUUGGCACUGGAGAGGAGCUUUGGGUCACAAACCACCCUGAGCGGCGCAGAGUACCGUCCUGCCGUGGAGGAGCUGGAGGAGGCCAUCACUCUGUCCAACAUGGCAACCCCGAAGCAGAGCAAGAGGCUUCACAUUCCUGUCGUGAGAAUACAUGACGCCCAGGAUGUGUGUUCCAGGUCCCCGUCUGUCUUAAGUCUGAAAAGUGGAGAGCGGUUUAUAAUGGAGCUCAGGAAAAGCAGUGGUAGUCUUGGCAUCAGUGUUGCUGGAGGAAUAAACACUAAUGUGCGUUAUGGAGGCAUCUACAUCAAGAGUCUGGUGCAAGGAGGCGCUGCAGAUCAGGACGGGCGCAUUCAGAUCGGUGACAGACUGCUGGAGGUUGACGGGUCCAACCUGAGGGGCGUGACUCACCAACAAGCUGUCGAGUGCCUGAAGAAGACCGGGGAGGUGGUGAACCUGCUGUUGGAAAGGGAGCCCACUGUAAUCUUGGAGCCCAGGCCGGACUCAUCCUGCCCCCCCUUGGUCCACAGUUCAUCAUACAUACAGCCCCCCAGGACUGAGGUCUCCAUGGAAACGACCUUGAGUGGUCGAGCCAAGGACUACAGCUUUGUUACUGAUGAAAACACCCAUGAAGUGGUGCUGAGGAAGAGUUUGUCUGGCCUUGGCUUCAGCUUUUACAUCUCACAGCUGCACUCGGGGACGGACCGGGGGAGUUUGGUCCGCAUCAAACGUCUUUUCCCGGGUCAGCCAGCGCUAGAAAGUGGCCUGCUGCGAGAGGGAGAUGUCAUUCUAUCCGUCAACAAAGAGCCUGUUAAGGACCUCUCUUACCAGAGGGUUUUGUUCUUGCUACGUGGCGCUCCAUCUGAAGUUCAUCUGCUGAUCUGCCGACCAGGUCCUGGAGUACUAUAUGAUAUAGAUGACAACACACUGAGUCCUGCACCCGUCCGUGAGGCUCGAUCCCGGUCUCUGGACAUCCGACUCGGAGAGGACUACAGCCAGCUCCUUAAGUUUCAAUAUGACAUCAACAUAACUGCCCAGAAGCAAGCCCCCACCCAGGAGGAAGAUCUGACCAACACAGCGGAGAAAAACCCAGAACCUCCUGCAGAUUCAGGACUCCUGGAGAGCAAGGAGAGUCAGGACAGUGAAGUGCGGGCCCACCAGACUCCUCCGUCUGCUCCUCGCUCACCCCCCUCACCCACGUCACCUCCAUCGCCUCCAUCGCCAGUCUCACCAGCAUCACCCGCCUCGCCAGCAUCACCCGCCUCGCCUUCCUCCCCUAUCUCUGGCUCUCCACCAGCUCCACCAAAGUCACGAUCAGCCGCCAGGAAUCUAGAGGAUCAACGGGAAGGAGAAGCAAAGGAGAAGAAAAAGGACGGGGAAGAGGAGGCUGCAAGGACAUCCAGUUCAACUGUGAUGCUUAUGGACAUCUGUCCUAAGACUGCAUCAAACUCAGUGUAUGCCAGUGGUAUCAGGGAGGAGGCAGAUGGAAGUGUGACCUACUGCCUCAUGGGAAAUGGACUGACUAUCAUGGCAGAUGAAGAGUACCUGACCAUCAGCUCCACUCUGGAGCCUUCUCACAGCUUUCCCUCCAGUCUGGCCACUCACACCCCAAUCACAUCCCGCGGCUCCCAAACCUCCAUCACCUCUUCUAGUUUUAGUUCUCAGAAUCCGAACCUCGGCCCUCACGUCCCCACGACCACCAUCGCACCCCUCAGCAUCUCGUCAGACACCCCGACCACUUGCUCCCUGCCCCACCAGUCUCAGCCACUCACAACACAGCCACCCAAAGCCAAGCAUCACCCUAUCCAGCAGGGGCUUCUCCCAAGUCACUACAAAGCCUUUUCCAAGAACAGCCGGCCUGUGGUGCCUCCACCCCAGCCCCCUGCUCUACCACUGACCCCCAUUACAGCCCAGAUCAUCUCCUCUGUGCCUCCCUGUGUCAGUCCGCCUGCCCCGACGCUGACACCCACAGUGCUAACCCCUCCUGUCCAGAGCCACACACAGCCGAGGGAAGAGCCAGAGAAGAAAGAAAGGGAAUACAAGGAUGAUGACGAUGAUGACGAGGAAGACGAUGAGGAGGAAGAGAGUCGAAGGAAGGGAUUGGUAAAAGAGUUUGAACUGACAGUGGUUCUGACCAAGUCCAGGAGCGGGAGCUUUGGGUUCACCAUCACUCGAAGCAAGAUAGACAACUGCUACUACAUACAGGAAAUACUGGACAACCCAGCCAAGUCAGACGGACGUCUCAGGGCGGGAGACAGACUCGUCACUGUAAAUGGGCAUGAUGUUACCAGUGUGGCAGAUGAUGUUGCCAUGACGAUUCUCAGGUCAUCUCCGAGAAGACUGAGCAUGACCCUGGGCAGGGCAGUUACCAACCUGGUGGCCCCGCCGCCCUGCGACAGCCUGCCUGAUAUCGUUCUGUACAAGACACCUUCAGGACAGCUGGGUAUAAAGCUGACAGGAGGCAUUGGCAGCAAAUGGCAGGGCAUCUACUGUCUGGAGGUGGUGCCAGGCUCCCCAGCCAGCGAGGAGGGGAGUGUCCAACCCAAUGACAAGAUCCUCUACAUCUGUGGCAGGUGCACCCUGGGUAUGACCCUGGAGGAUGCAGUCAAAGCCUGUGAGAUCGCUCCUCGUAAAGUUAAAAUUAAAAUCAUCAGAGAGGACCAGCCAGUGACCCCCAAGGCCAAGUGGAACGGUCUGUUUGACUGGAAAAAGGAUAAGAAGUCCUUUGCUCGUUUCGAAGAGUCUGUCUCUCCAGAGAAAGACUCUCCUAUCGAAGAGGCUGAACCUGUGUGUAGGACUGCUGGUAAAUUUAGAUGUCUCUCUCUCACCCAAGAACAGGACAGUUGCAUCAUGCAAGUGGAGUUCAAAAAACCAGAAGGAGGAGGCCUUGGCUUCGCUUUGGUUGGAGGAACCAAUGGCAGCAUGCUCAGAGUGAGGGAAAUCUGCUCUGGUGGAGUAGCUGAGCAGGACGGUCGGCUGAGAGUGGGAGAUAUUUUAUUAGAGGUGAACGGUGUGAUCGUGUCCGGCCUGAGCCACAGCAAGGUGGUGGAUAUCCUGCGUAAAGCUGAGGGCACUGUCCAGCUCACCAUCUGCAGAGACAUCCUGCCCAUGACCUACUCUGAAUCACCCACACCGCCCAACAUGUCCGCUCAGACGGAAGCUAUUUUAGCUGAGCAGCCGGCUCCUGAUACCUGUUCCUCACCUGACAUCAUGCUGAAUAGGCCAGUGGAGCACCCCCAUGAGGUGACAUCAGACCCUGUGGCUCAAGAAAUAGGUGUUGUCCUAACUUCACCACCACCUCCUCCACACCGAUUGACUUUGGUAACAGAUGAGACUGCAAUUAAACAGGAGAGCUGUAACAGCACCCCUUCUCAUCAAGCUUGCUGCCCAUCCCUCAAUGUCACUGACAUGUUGCAUGGAGCUUCUGACAGGAAACAAAUUGUGACCAAACUUUUGGACCAGUCCUGCAAAGACAUCCGGAAAACCCAGUCAGACGGCUGGAGCAGUGAAGAAGAGGAUGAUGAUGUAUUUGACGCCACCAAUCAGGAAAUGACCUCACCCCAAACAGGCCCACCCAUAGUAUCAGAGGAGGAACUGGCCAGUUUAGCUCUCAUUAGCCCGGCUAAGAGCAGCCAGUAUUCAGGCUCCAGGGUUAAGGCUCUCAUUCAGAUUCUGCAGCAUCAACUGGACCAGCAGGAACUGGUCAAAGAGUUCAUGGCUCUGGAGCAUCUGAAGCCCUCUGACAACUGUCAGGUGGGAAAAGCCCCCGAGAACAGAGAUAAGAACCGCUACAGAGACAUCCUGCCCUAUGACAAAACACGUGUUGCCAUUGGAGAGAACCAGGACUACAUCAAUGCCAGCUACAUCCGCAUGCAGGUUGGCAACGAAGAGUUCUUCUACAUCUCCUGCCAGGGCCCUCUGCCGUCCACAGUGUCGGCCUUUUGGCAGAUGAUCUGGGAAAACAAAUCUGACGUCAUUGCCAUGAUGACCCAGGAAGUGGAAAGGGGAAGGAUCAAAUGUCACAAGUACUGGCCAGUGAAGCUGGGCGUGCCUUUGGACACCGGCAAGUACAAGCUUCACCUGGAGAACCAACAGUACCUGGAUUACUUCCACAUUAAGGUCGUCCGCAUGGUGGAGACAGAGACCGGUGAGACACAUUUUGUCCGUCACCUGAAGUUCACACACUGGCCUGACCACGGUGUGCCACAGUGCUCUGAGCAGCUGGUUCGUUUCAUCCGCUACCUGAGGGCGGUGCACCACAAGGGGCCAGUCACCGUUCACUGCAGCGCCGGCAUCGGACGCACCGGAGUUCUCAUCUGCACUGACAUUGUCCUCAGUCUCAUUGAGAAUGAUUUACCUAUUAAUGUGAGCGACAUUGUCAAAGAGAUGAGACUUCAGCGGCAUGGGAUGAUACAAACCAAGGAACAAUACCUCUUCUGCUACAAAGUCUGGUUGGAGGUUUUACAGGGCAUUUUGCAGCUUCACGGCAACCAAUGGCAACCGGAAAGUCCUCGAGACCACAAAGUAGUUUGAAUGUUUCCACUUCCACUUCACCUGCCUGUAAAGCACAGGCUGUGUGUGUAGAACCAUGUGCAGUCUAUCACAGCACAGACUGGUGAUACCUUUUCUUUGGCUGUAGUUAGUUUAGUUAGCUGUAAUAUGAAACUUGUACUUCUCUGUUUUGAUACUUUGUGUUGAGGCCUCUUGGUUAGUUAUAAGGAUUUCAACUUCUUUCUUUUUUUUUGUUCUUAUUUGUGCUCUCGGUGCUGUGAUUAUGUCAAUUUAAUUUAGAUCACUGAGGUUGUUUUGCCUUUUCAGGCUUAGUGAUUUGCCUUCUGUCUCUAGCAUCUUGCUUUUUAAUUUUUGUGUUACUAUUUGAAUGUAUCCCAUUUAUUUUUCUCCAUGCCCUUUAAUUUGCAUAUUGCAUUUAUUUUUAACAGUCAUAUUGCAUGGAAUUUAAAAUCUGGUAAUAUCCAACAUCUUUUAUCUGGCAGUAAUGUCACCAAUGUCAUCAAAGUGCACAAGUGUAAGGUCAUCAUACCAAAGUUAGUAUCUGUUUGAAACCUUGAUGAGUAGUAUUUGAGUAAGCAUUGUGUUAUCAUUUCAUUAAGUGCAUUUCUACCCUUGAGAAAAGGGCAUUAGCAAAAGAACAUUAUUGAUUUUUCAGUUCAUCAUCUAAGGAAAUGAAAAGAAUCAAGUGCCUUGGAAUGACUCAUACCGCUUGCUCCAUAUCGACCCCAAGCCACUUGUCACAAGCGGUUGGGGACGUGGAGCAAGAAACUGAUUCGAGAGCACCCGUUGGUGGUUCGCUUGAAUGUGCAGCUUUCAGUCUGUUUGUGGUUUGAGGUGGAUGUUUGGUUGAUCCAAACCAGAAGAGGAUUACAUCUCACAUUUUAGUUAGUUAAAUUAUAACUUCGAAAAAAAUACCGCCUGUCAAUCUUUUUUUUUUUUUUUUUAUUUGUGGGCCCAUUUUAUACAGUAUCACAAUGAAAGUCUUACUACACAUAAUCACAACUUGCACAUCCUAAUACAGAUAAAGAAUGGUUCAACGUAACAAAUUUUUGGAUAAACUCAUAAAUUUUCAAUUCACUCUUUUCUAAAAUUUGGACGAGGCGUGAACACUAAGUAUUCAGUUUAUUUUGUAAAAUGUGCAAAAAUGAUUUAAAUGUCAUUUAAAUAAUGAGUUGCUGGGCUUUUGGGUGUAAUUUGUUAUGUGACAACAUCCUUUAUCUGUAUUCCACAGCUAUUUUAAUACAAACUCAGCCAAAAAUGCAAAAAAUAUUACAAGGUUUACAAACUUUCCAUUUUGCCACUCUAGAUGUAUAUGAUGUACAAAGCAACAGAGCUGCAUCUCUAAGUCACAGAUCAAAGACGAUUUAUAGCUGCUGGUUUGAACCUCAACCUUUGGAUGUAACUGCUCGUAAGCUUUGUUCUUUUAGCUGCUAUCACACUCACACUCACACCAGCUCUCGUAUUGCAUGUAGACUCUUUAAAUACAGAAGUCUGAGCCUGGAGUUUGACUGCUGAAUGACUUGAACAUGAUCGAAAUGUGGAAUGUAACAAAGCAAUACUCUCCAUGAGGUGGGGAGGUCAGAAUGUCAACCUCUUACCCGAUGACAUGUUGGUAAGACAUAUGCAGUACUGUACCUUUGCCAUGUGGAUGGCUAUGCAGAGCCAUCGGCCUCUGUACUGUGUAUGCAACAUCUUUUCAGUCAGUGCUGGUCGGUUGGUUUCCAGCGAUAGGUAUAACACUCAAGUUUGUUUCGUGCAAGUUUGUGUUCUCUUUGAGAUGCUGUUGUUAUGUUUUCUCCCUCAGAUCUUGGAAAAAUUAUGAUUCUUGAAAGAACAAACAAAAGCACAUUUUGCAUUCAUCUGUGAAAAUGCACCUUGUACAGUCAAGCAAGUGCUUAUGCAAUAGCAUUGUGAAAUGUAAUAACCCUUAAUUGCACAACUGCUUAUUUAUGCUAAAUUAUUAUCUUGUCACUGUACCAGCCACUAUGUAACCAAUAACUGAGAACAAUGUAAUACCUCUCUCUUUAAUUAAAAACUAUU